ACACACACAGUCUCGCUCUCUGCUCAACAGCAAGGCGUCUUGCUUAACGGAGCAUUUUAUAAUUGACAGUGAACAGCUUGCUAACACGCGCACUCUCUCUAUCUCUGGUAUAUCACAUUUCUAGAGAGAUAAAGGCUUGGAAUCUUGAUUCAGAUUUAAACGGGAAGCAGGCAUUCUAGAGUGAGAAAGGUGUGUGUAGAUACAGACACUGUAGAGAGAGAAAGCGAGGACAUAAAGAAAUUCAAACUUUACGCAUAUAUAUCUGUGUGUGCGCGCGACUGUAUUGGUGAUUUCAAAGCCCAGAGAGAUUUGAUUGGCGAUAAGGUCGGGCCGGUGUUUGAUGCGAGAUAAGGAGUGGUAGAUCUCGCGAUGGCGGAGGUUUCCGGCGACGGAGGGGAGAUGUCACCGGCGGCGGAGGUGAGCUACGCAGAGUACGGCGGCAAUGUGAGGAGCGAGGCCGUGGCUGCGGCUACGCCGUCGCCGUCGUUGACGGUGUCGGGAUCGUUCAAGGAGUGGAAGAGUUCGCGGAGGCGAGCGCCGCUGAGGCCGAGUUUGGAUGCGGAUGAGUUCUUAAAUCUUCUGCACGGCUCGGAUCCGGUGAAGCUUGAGCUCAAUCGGUUGGAGAAUGAAGUCAGGGAUAAGGAUCGGGAACUGGGGGAAGCGCAUGCGGAGAUCAAGGCGUUGAGAUUGUCGGAACGACUUAGAGAGAAGGCAGUUGAAGAGCUCACCGAAGAGUUGACAAAGGUGGAGGAGAAACUCAAGUUAAUGGAGUCUCUUCUAGAAAGCAAAAAUCUCGAGAUUAAAAAAAUCAAUGAUGAAAAGAAAGCCUCCAUGGCAGCUCAAUUUGCUGCAGAAGCCACUCUUCGUAGGGUUCAUGCGGCCCAAAAAGAUGAUGAUAUGCCUCCAAUUGAAGCCAUUCUAGCACCACUGGAGGCUGAACUCAAACUUGCUCGUCAGGAGAUUGCAAAACUGCAGGAUGAUAACAAGGCUCUUGAUCGCCUCACCAAAUCAAAAGAAGCUGCUUUACUUGAAGCUGAGAGGACUGUCCAGGUUGCUUUAGCAAAGGCUUCCAUGGUGGAUGAUCUCCAGAAUAAGAACCAAGAGUUGAUGAAACAGAUAGAAAUUUGCCAAGAAGAAAAUAAGAUAUUGGAUAAAUUGCAUCGCCAAAAGGUUGCUGAGGUUGAGAAGCUUACCCAAACUGUACGUGAGCUUGAAGAGGCUGUAUUGGCUGGUGGUGCUGCUGCAAAUGCUGUGAGGGAUUACCAACGCAAAGUUCAGGAGAUGAAUGAGGAGAGGAAAACUCUUGACAGAGAGUUGGCCCGAGCAAAAGUGACGGCAAACAGGGUAGCAACUGUGGUGGCUAAUGAAUGGAAAGAUGCCAAUGAUAAAGUGAUGCCAGUAAAGCAAUGGCUUGAAGAAAGAAGGUUUUUGCAGGGAGAUAUGCAGCAACUACGAGACAAGCUUGCUAUAUCUGAAAGAACUGCAAAAUCUGAAGCGCAGUUGAAAGAAAAAUACCAUCUGAGACUCAAAGUACUAGAAGAGAGCUUGAGAUCAUCAAAUAGUAACAGCCGCAGCACCUCAGAGGGAAGAAGCAUAAGCAAUGGCCCUUCACGUCGCCAAUCUUUAGGUGGAGCUGAUAACAUUUCUAAAUUGACCUCCAAUGGUUUUUUGCCCAGGAGAUCUCCAUCAUUUCAGUUCAGAUCUACCCUGUCUUCUGGCUCCAGUUCAGUGUUGAAGCAUGCAAAAGGGACAUCAAAGUCAUUUGAUGGUGGCACUAGGUCAUUAGACAGGGGUAAAAUCCUCUUAAAUGGAACAGGUCCAAGUUUAAACUUGAGCCAGUCUUGUGAGGGAAUGAAGGAACCUGAAGGUAAUAUUAAUACCUGUGAAGGAAAUCCAGAAGAAAAACCCAAUGACUUCCUGGCAGCAGAUACAGAAGAUACUGUUCCAGCGGUUUUGUACGAUUUACUUCAAAAAGAAGUGAUUUCUUUGAGGAAAGCUGGCCAUGAAAAAGAUCAGAGCCUCAAAGACAAGGGUGACGCAAUAGAGAUGUUGGCAAAGAAGGUUGAUACUUUAACUAAGGCAAUGGAGGUUGAGGCCAAGAAGAUGAGGAGGGAGGUAGCUGCCAUGGAGAAGGAGGUUGCUGCCAUGCGGGUGGAAAAGGAACAUGAAAAUCGAGCCAAGCGGUUUGUGAAUGCUAAGGGUUCUGUAAACAGUUCACAGACACUUCCUGGAAGAAAUAUAGCACGGGGCGGGUUAACACGCAGCACCCAAUAGCAAGAAGCCCCAAUUUGCAGCAGUAAGAGUAAUUUGGGUCAGGCUUUCUUCGCGUCUCCUUGUUUUCCUAAUGCCAUUGAUCUUUACGUUCACCACCGCAUGCUUUCGGGCAGAGGUGAGAAACUCACGAAAGGGAAGAGAACCAGUGGGAAGUUGUUGGUAUGCUUCUAACUUAGACUGUGUUAUAUAUCCUUCUGCGCUUUGAGAAUAGUAAGGAGGAUAUCCAAAGUUGUCUAACCUUUUGGCAGAUUUGUUGUUUUUUUUUUUUUUCCAGUGGGCCGUAAUUUGUGUGGUGGUUGUAUAGGGUUUAGCUUGUUCUCUCAACCUCUUCCUCUCAUCUCCAGCCGCUAUAUAUUUGUAAUAUGAUGCAGCUAGUGUUUUGUGUGUCAUUUGUUCAGGCUUGUCAAUAUUCUUGUAAUCAGAUUAAACAAAAAGAUGAGAGUUUCCAUGAUUUUAUAUUCUUCUAUUCCUCUAUGAUAUUUUUGAGAAAAUAUUCAAUGUGACAUGAUAUCAUAUCAUCCUC